AUGGCCUCUCGACAGCUCCCCGAGAAGCACAACCCUCUGAUGGUGAACGACAUCCCGGCUUAUACCGAGCUUGUCUCCCGUCGCCGCCUCGGCCAGACCAAGCUGACGGCCAAGAUGGUUGCGGCCGGCGCUGCCGGCGACGUCGAUCCCUCGAGUCUCGGCGUCUUCGACUAUGCCCACCUUCGCGCUCCUCUCCCCAAGGGUAUUAUUUCGGGCAUCUUCAAGUCGUCGCCGAACUCGUACUUCCUCAUGCGCCGCAGUCAGGAUGGCUACGUGUCCGCGACCGGCAUGUUCAAGGCGACUUUCCCCUAUGCCGAAGCAUCGGAGGAGGAGCAAGAACGCAAGUACAUCAAGUCGCUCGAAACCACCAGCCACGAGGAGACGGCGGGGAAUGUUUGGAUUCCUCCGGAGCAAGCUUUGAAGAUUGCCGAAGAAUACCAGAUCACCCCCUGGAUUCGCGCGCUUCUGGACCCGGAUGAGAUUUCCAUCACCAACACGCCUGACAGCCCUUCGAAGUCCAUUCAAGCUCCUCCCAAGUUUGAUCCUCUGCUGGCCACCCAGAUCAGUCUGGCGCCUCCCACUCCUUCGUCUAUUCCCCGUAGCACACGUGGACGACGCUCCGCGAGUCCCGCCAAGGCCCGACCCAUCGCUUCCCCGAGAAAGAGAGGCACCAAGGUUAAGGCGACGCAGCAGGCGGUAACAGAUACGCUUUCCGUCAAGGAAGGACGAGAACUCGCCGUCAACGGCACGCCCACAGAGGACACGGCAUCAUCGGCAGCAACCGAGGAGAUCCAGAUCAAGGAAAUCACGAAGGAACCCUCCCUUGUGUUCGCACCCGCUGAGGAGGGUUCAAAGGUUCAAGUCAAGGUUGACCAGGAUGUAAGAGUCUUCCAGGGUGUCGAGACGACCCACACCUCCGUUGAGUUGGAGCUCCCUGUCAACGAGCCACCUUCUGCCGAGGAAGCCGCGAGAAUGGUGGACGAGGCCAAGCAAAUGGUGCAAGCUGCUGCCGCCGAAGUCGCGGCAUCUGGCGAGUCGUCGAAAGGCAAGCGCAAGGCCGACGAGAUCACCGCUGGCGAUGGGGAAGAGGAGAACAAGGAUGGCCAGGCACUCACCGGGCCUCAGUCCAAGAAGGUCAAGACGGAAGUCGAAUUGAGAAAGGAGCGGGUCCGAAACCGAGCUCUCAUUGGCCUCAGUGCCACUCUCGCUGUCGGAGCUCUCAUCCCGUACGUUAUGGGCGUAUUCUGA